AUGACAUCAAUCACUUCCCCUAAUAAAAUCACACCUCAAAGACCUGCUCAUCCAUCUUCCAACACCCAUCCCAAUCCUACACGUCGAUCAACCAUCGCUCCAUCAAGCAAGAUAACCUCUCCUACACCUACCAACACGCUAAUUUCUAAACCUAUCGCCCCCAUCGGUACUAACACUAAUAAAAGAACCAAUACGCUUCCCGCUAAAGUUUCCAAUCCCAGUGGGGGUGGCGGUGGUGUACCCAUCAAUGCCGCGAAGGAGUUCAUGCAUAUGAACAAAAACAUCGGUCAUGCUGCCACGCCUGGGAAUACCUUGAAUAGUCUCGAACAAAUCACAAAUAGGAUCGCCAAUAAUCUAGGUGGCAUAGGGGAAAUGGAUGAAAAUAGGAUUGCACCUAGUUACGAGAGAAACUUCAGGGCGGGACUUGGUGAUUUAACCCGUCGUCUUUCUUCUCCCAGUGUUGUAAAAUCACCUGCAAGUCCUGUCAUGUCCCCUACCGCGCCAUCAAGUAUGAUCUUCAACGAACCUGGUAGCCUCCUGAAGAGCAACGAAUGGCCUACGUCUUUCUCCGAACUGGACGCUGCCGCCAACUCGCUGAAAUCCGAUGUAACCGAUUUGACCAAGAAAUCCCCUGACCAUUAA